AUCCAUUGUCUUCUUGUCGCCAUAUCUUUUCUUCUUCCCAUUCACCCUCUUCUGCAUACCCUCAAGAGCUUAAGCUUGUUUUCCUUCAGAUAUCCCACCUAACGACAACCACGACUAUACAUGAGUUCAACAUACAUGGAACAUCAACACCAGCAGCAGCAGCACAUUCCGAACGGUGAUCAUGGAGAUCACAACCUCAUGGCCCCAUACUCCUUCUACAACGGAGCGGUCGACCAGCCCGCUUACAACAUGCACCAACCAUUCCAGCAGCAGCUGGGGUCGCCCUAUCAACUCCAGCAUCCCGGAAUGGCGUCGCGCCAUCUGUCCGCGCCAGACCUCCACAAUGCCGUACAAUUUCAUGACAUGAGCCUCAUGCCACAACAGUACGGCCAGCAGCCUGUUUAUGGCUCGCCUGCACAACAUGUGCCCAUGGGGCUGCCACCGGCCUCCCCGCACAUGUACGACCCUCUCUCGCCUCCCACUUCAGACACUUCAAACGAAGGCAUAUACCACCACUCGCGCAACUCGAGCGCAUCUGGUUCCCCAUCUUCGUCCAGAAGUUCCUCCCUUGUCCACAGGAACUCUCUUCGGUACAAUCCCAUCCCUUCCCCUUCUAACUCUAGUGUUUCUUCUGGUCGUCGUGGUCGUCGCUCUUCUUUACGAGACUCAGACGAAGAAGAUAUGGGUGCCCUGUAUAUGGAUAACAUCACCGACAACAGGAAGGAGGCGACUCGGCGUCAGCGCAUCGAAGCUGAGCAGAAGCGCCGAGAUGAGCUGCGGGACGGCUAUCAGAAGCUGAAGGAGGUGCUCCCCGUCUCUACCCAGAAGAGCAGUAAAUGUCAUCUGCUUGAGCGAGCCACAUCGCACAUCAUCACCCUCGAGAAGAGGAACCAGGAGAUGAUGGAGCGCCUCGAGAAAGUCGAGCAGGAGGUCAAGCGCCUCCGUGACAUCAAUGAAAGGCUCACGAGGGGCCUUGGCCACACCUCCCCUGGCCAGACUAUGAUGUCCGACAUCGACGCGAGGCCGUUGUCGCCUCCUCCGGAGGCUACUCUUCCAGGUCAUUCCCUCGCGAUGGUCCAGGGCCACAUUCCGCGCGAACGCUCGCGCAGCCCCGCCGGCUCAGACGGAUACUGAUCUAUCAUCAUCUUCCGCGCGCAUUUACGCACCAUGGACUGCAUUUCUUUUUUCACUCAUAUCACUCUCUAUCUUGCUAUUCCACUUUUGCGAAUCUCGCUUGCAGGCAUCUGUAUAUCCAUAUAUCUCACAUUUUUUUCAUCGGUCGGGAGAGGGGGAGGACGAUUACAAAAAAGAUGGCGUGGUCUUCUAGGGAAUUUCGCUCUGUCUGGGCACGGGGCGCCGUUAGAUACGGCGGAAGUCCUAGAUGGGUGGCUGGCAGAAAACCCUUACGGCUCGACGUCGUUUGGUGUAUUACUAGGUGUCCUAGCACCAGUCUUCGAUCCGGAUGAAGCGUCGAUUUCGAUCCGUGUUAUCUCUUCGAUCAGCUGGUUUCUUUAUACACUCUCCACGGUUGCGGUGCAUCGACGGCUUCCCUUUCACCUGUACCCCAAUCAGCAAUUUUCGCCAACCAAUCAUCCACAACUCGUCUUCGGUUUCACUUCGGGAUGCCGUUUUUCUCCGACAGGAUCCGUCGACACCUUACGAUCUCGCCCAGCUGAUCACUAUAUCCAUUAUCAUCCUCCCGUCUCGAUAUCUCUUAUCUCAUGCCUCUCCUAACUAACGAAGGAUCAGAUGGUCCGUAUGACUGAACGACUCGAAAUUCUUGACGAACAAAUACGAAGCCAGAUGCGGAAGAAAAGUAGAAGCCAGACCUGCCGUUGCCACCAGCUCUCGGAUACAUGUUUGCCGGUCCUUUGACGCUCGACCUCUGCGGUCUUGAGCCGUCAUUACCUGUAAUAUUUUGUUGUUUUGUCUUCUUGAUGGAGACUGUCACGAGCAGUGACACCCACACUAGAAGUUGGGCCAGAGGGUUAUGGCGGAUAGGCAGGCAGGCGAUAUUCACCGUAGUCGAUACGAACAGACGUUGCAUUGGUAGUUGGUUGUAACAGUACUCCUAGCGUUCAGUGCAUUGCGGCUCAUACACAUCCUCGACAUGUCAUAUCUAUCGAAUCAAAUUUCUU